AUGCGUUAUAUUGCAGCAUUUGAUGGUGCGAGCAUCGACGUUACUACUGCCAAUGCCGAUUUAAUGAAGAAUUUGCUGGCUGAAAGCACGACGAUGGGUACAAAAACAAUCUUCAACAUCGAACAAGAGAAGGCGCUGAUAAGCUACAUUCUCCAGGCCAGCGACAUCAACUAUGGAAUUWGUUUGWUGGAGCUUCGUAAGCUCGCGUAUGAAUUUACUCGGAAAGUUGGCGCGUCGUAUCCGGAUCCAUGGAAYGASAAUCMACWGGCGAGUAAGGAUUGGCAGUUGGCGUUCAUGAAACGCCACAAAAAUUUGUCACUGCGAACACUAGAGCAAACCUGUCAAAACCAUCGCGCGCUAAGGACAAAAGCAGGUCGGCUCAUCAACAUCUGCCGAAAAAGCACCAAUGUGUCUUUGGCUUUGGCCSUSAGCGCUAGUGGYCAGUCUAUACCGCCAUUCUUCCUCUUUCCCCGAGUCAACAUGAAAGAGAUUUUUAUGACUCAUGAGAGUCAUGGCGCUGUCGGUGUUGCGAACGGUUCUGAUUACAUSAACUCUGACGUAUUCCCUCAAUUCAUGCGUCAUUUCAUCAAGCACACCGGUGCUAAUGCCGAUUCGCCAACCAUGUUGCUGCUGGAUAACCACGGUUUGCAUUUAUCGAUCGAGGCGAUAUAUUUGGCGUUGGAUCAUGGCAUCACGCCUGUCUCUUAUACACAUCUAGAUGUGUAUAAGAGACAGCCGAAAACCAUCAAAUCCGGCUUCCGAACAACUGGCAUCUACCCGUUCAACCCGCAAAUUUUCACUGAAGUUGAGUUUGUCGCUUCGGAACUGAGCGGCGAAAAUUUGUUCGGUGACGAAGAGAAAGACGCCGACAAUCAACGUCGAGUUCUUGCCUCUGGUGAUGCCAUUGUGACUGCUACGAAUGAGGAGGUGUCAAAAAUAAAACCAAUUUAA